AUGGAAAGUGUUAUACGAGAAGGCACUUUAAAAUUACUAAAAAACGAGAGUACCUGUGAUGUUAUUUUGAGUUGUCAAGGUCGCCGAUUGAUGGCUCAUAAAGUCAUUCUAUCGAUGGUCAGUCCUGUUUUUCGAGAUCUUUUAAAAGAAGAUGGAAUUAAUCCUGCAGUAGUUAUAUUUCCUGAUUCGUCGAGUAAUAUAAUGGCACUAAUUUUAGACUAUAUUUAUACGGGUUCAACUAUGGUAUAUUCAAAUUCAAUGGAUGAAUUUGUAAGUCUCAUGAAAUUUUUUAAGAUAAAGUUGGACAAAAGUUUUCCCAUACCACCAAAGACGGAAGAAAAACAGGAAACCCUAUAUAGAGUGGAUGCGCAUACAUUUAUUAAAUCUGGAAUUGAAAAUUACAAGAAAAAGAAAACAUUGCCUGAGUUGAUUCCCAUAAAGAAAAUUGAGGAGUUGAGGAAGCGACAAAAAAUGAGUUGUGUUUUACCCAGUCCGUGGAAACCGAGAAUCGAAACUAUUUAUGGAGAUCCUAGAGAAGCUAUACUGGAACAACCGGAUUACAUGAUUUCUACAGAUCCUCAUCAUCAUUCGUACGAAAAUGAUUCUAACAACAAUUACCGAUUCCCUGCGAGAGUAAGGUAUAAACAAAAUUUGUUAAAAAAAGAAGAAACGUGCUCCUUAGAGUCUAUUUCUACUUUGGAUGCAGUAUUUUUAAAUACACAUCAAGCACCAAAGGUAGAAAAUGGGUUGAACGUUGAUAUAGAUAGAAAAAACGAUAAACUCAUCUUACCAGAUUUAUCGGUUCGAGAAACACAUACGUCGAAUCAAAAUUCAUCUCGUCGUAGUUCUUCAAGUGAAGAUUUUAAAGACAAUUCGAACGGAUCUAUGAAAAGCUAUGGAUACAAAACAAUUAGAGAUAGAGAAGAUGAAGCAAAGUUUGACGAAUCGAACAGUGACAAACGGAAACCUUUCAAAUGCGAACAAUGUGGGAAGUGCUUUAGUCAACUAAGAAACUAUAAAUACCACCGAUCAGUUCACGACGGCACGAAGGAAUUCGCUGCUAAAUGCCCUGAAUGCGGAAAGAUAUUUAACGAUAAAGGCUACCUUUCAAGUCAUCUGAAGAUUCAUAGAGAUAAGAAAGAAUACGCCUGUUCACAUUGUCCCAAGAGAUUUAAUCAGAGAGUAGCCUACAACAUGCACACUAGAAUACACACAGGUCUAAAACCUCAUGAAUGUUCAGCUUGUGGAAAAAGUUUUUCAAGAAAAAUGUUACUGAAGCAACACCAAAGAGUACAUACUGGAGAAAGACCGUAUUCUUGUCCAGAAUGUGGUAAAACUUUCGCAGAUAGAUCCAACAUGAGUCUACAUGCCAGACUCCACACCGGUAUUAAGCCAUACACAUGUAGCUUGUGUCCAAAAAGUUUCACCAAAAAGCAUCACCUCAAAACUCACAUGAAUUUCCAUACGGGUCUCAAGCCGUAUACUUGCGAAAAAUGUGGUCUGGCUUUUUCGCAAAGUAGCAACAUGAGAACACAUUACAAAAAGUGUCUUUUGAAAAAUCAAUAUACCGAAAAGAAAACACAAAAUGAACACUCAUCAUGAUCAUUAGCAAUCAACAUUCGAAUAAUUUCAGAGAUUAUAUAUACAGUAUGUCGUAUUUAUUAUUAAAUUACCUUUACGUUUUUAUUUAUAAAAAAAUUGUGAAUCAGCCUUGUUUUGUCCUUGUUGUCCUAGUGACCGAGCAUCCAAAUGAGCUGGACUUUCUUCUUCAUUUCUCUAUUCUUUAUUUUCGCUCCCUUAUAUCGUAUUCUCAGUUAUUUGAAAGUGUCUUCAAAUCCUACAUCUAUCUUUGGUAUUUUUGUUUUUUCCUCCUCUCUUGCUUUGUUUUUUUGAACUUGUGGAAACCUUAAUUUCAAAUUUGAUGUUAUAUACCAUCAGUAGCACUUGAAAAAUACUUGGGGAAUAUCAAUACGGCUUCACAUAGAGUAGUUCGACAAUAGAGGCAAUACAUACAUUAAAACUAAUGAUGAAAAGAGAAAUCGAUCACCAAAUAUAUGUAGCAAAACUCUUCAUCGAUUUUCCGUGAGCCUUUGACUCAAUCAAACUGCCUAUUGACAGUACUAAAACAACAAAGUGUUGAUGCAAAACUGCGAAAAUUAAUCUAGUUGACUUUGAGCGAAACAAGCAUCAGUUUACUAAUAUCUAAAUGAAAAUCUGAUGAGUUUAUGAUUAACAAAAAAUAGUUAAAAUGCAAAAAUAAUGAGAUAGCAAGCAAUUUAGAGUUGGAUAGGUGAAAGUUGACAAGUAUGAAAUUAUGGGAGUGGAAAAGCUUAAGUAUCUCCGGGUUAUGAUCAAUAAUAGAGUACUGAGAUGAAGAAACUAAUAAAGAUCAAUGUAUAUGAAAUAAUGAUUAAACCAGUAAUGAUAUGUACAGCUGAAACAGGGACACUAACAAGAAAUGAUAAAGCAAAAUUGAAAAGAACACAAAGAAAGAUAAAGAUGUAAAAAAAUCAAAACUCGGCGAGUUAAGUGUCUAGGACAAAAUGUUUAAUAGAGGUUCAAGAUGAUAUAACCAGAGAAGAAGAUUUGUCAGGAAAAGACAGUGGCGGGAAAUAAGCGAGAAGGUGUAAAGAUGGGUUAUGAGGACUUAUCCACCGCAACAAGUGGAUCUGGUCCGAUUAUAGGAUGUCGGACCAAAUGCGACCAAAUGUUCUCUUCUCAUAUUGUGACUUCUAUUUAACGAUGACAUAAACUUAUCUACCCGACCAAAAUAUAUAAAAUGAAACAUUAAUAAAAAUACGAACAAAAUGUAUAUACCCCUUUGGGGAUGUAAGUUUGAUAAAAAAGUAAGAUACUUAUAUUGUUAGUUAGAUAACUGGCCAGUUUCUGAUACGUUUUGAUGCCGAUCUUAAGAUGAAACGGAAAUAUUUGUUGAAGACGACUUUUUACAAAACAACAUUUCAAAUUUUUCUCUAUUUCCCAUGUUUUGUAUCCAUCAUGCGUGGAAAUAAGAAAAAGUCACAAGGGGCCGAGUCAGAUCGAAGGGAAACAUUUACUUUACUUAGAGUUUCUGAAGACGAUAACUUGGUUAUCGAAAUGCGAGUCAGUUCGUGUAAUUAUGAGUGUUGGUGUAGUUUGGGGAUCUAGUUAGACAUUAUUAACACUGAUGGAUAGAUAAUGAACUGACCUAAUAAAAAUACCCUAUUCUGACUAGGAGAAGACGUAUCCUAAGUAAUCUAAUUUUUCACCCUCUUUAUUCAUAGACUUCCUACAGUUUUCCUUUGCUCCAAAUUUAAUGUUAUGUGGAGUAAACCAAGGAAACACGCUCUAUAAAAUUUUUCUUUUUAUAAAUACAUGAAAUUCACCACGAAGGGUCUAUAGAGUAUUUGGGAGGUUUUAGUAUUUCAAAAAGAAUUCUUUAGGCCGAUUCAUAAACUUGACUUUCUGUUUGCCGUUACCGUUGACGUUUGCUGUUACAAAAUUAAAAAUAUUAAAAUGCAUAAGACUAUUCGUAGUUGCCGUUUACCGAUUGGCCUGCCGUUGGCGACUUUCAUUUUAUCUUUUCUCGUCGUAGCAACUUUAGUAGAAAAGAGCCAAUCGCAUCCGCUUGCAUUCGUCACAUGAUUUUGACGUAUGACGUUAGAGCGUGUAAUUUAGAUUGCUUCUCUUUCAGUUUGUUUGUUUAUGAUGGUAUUUUGGUAACAAAAACACAAAAAUAAAACGAAAACAAAAAGCAGUACCCACGUCAAAAAGAAUAACAGAAUUUUUAGGUAAACGGCAGCAACGUCAAGUUUAUGAAUAGGGUUAACAAACGGCAAACGCCACCCGCGAACGGCAACGGUAAACGAAAAGUUAAGUUUAUGAAUCGGCCUAACGAUCUAGUUUCAAAAAUCGUGUAUUCCUUUAAAUAACAAUGCGACACACUGUUUAUAGUACAAAAGUAUAAAAAUUAUGUUGUAUAUGUGUCAUAUCCUAAAAACCGGGUUGUCAUUGCGCGAAACCGGUUCGCGAAACGAGUCUCUCGUCUUCAUACUCACCCUGAAACUUGUUUCGCGAGUAUAUUUCGAAGUCAGCCAACGCCAGUCGGCUUUUGAUCGCGCAUCAAAAUGUUUCGCCUUCCGUAUAUUUCAAAGUAUAUACGGCCACCAUGUGUAUCGCCAAAGUGCGCCAAAAAUGGACCGGGAGAGCAGCAUUCAACUUUACCAAAUGUACCGAUUUUUAAGAGAUGCCAACGAUAAGGCUCAUCAUAACAGAAUGCAAAGAGAGGAUGCUUGGAAGGUAUUGAGUGGAAAAAUGUAGCAGCCUGUCGCUGUUUAAAGCAUUGGUGGGUUGCUACAGGAGCGAAAGAUCCUCUGCUCCUGACGGCUGCUCGUCCAGUCGACCGAAGACAUUUUCGCGAAACAGUUUCGCGCAGUGACAACCCGGAUUGAGUAUAUUAUAAACAGUGAAUCAUCAGACUCUUUUUUUAUUUUAUUUAUACUAAGGACGGCAAUAUCUCAGGAACGUAUUAUAUUCCAGCUUAACAUUUCUUAAGAUAUCUCGAGCUGCUAAUUAAAUUGCUUUGAAUUUAUUUAUUUAGUAUUAUUGUCCACAAGCUUUUUGAAACAACAUCAAGUUUAUAAAAAAUGGGCUGUGCAGAACCGGACUUAUAAGCAUUUCUUCGUAACAAGGUUCCCACUCUCCCCCAUCUCUUAUUUGAAGAUGCUACUUUUGUUAUAAUUUUUUUCCUGAAGUUGUAAUAUAAUCCGUUACUGAAAUAUGAUCGACGAUUGUCUUUAAUUGCCCACCCGUUAUUAACGAAUUUUUCUGUGAUAUAAUUUAUUGUAAUAUAAUUUUCUAUACUG